UUAAGUGAAUUCCUUUCGAUAUUUAACACCCACCAUCCCUAACCACACAGUGUUGGCAUGAGCCCCAGCUUGCCGUCAAUAACAGUGGGAAGGAACAUUGGACAAUGCUGAUAGCGUAGAACUAACUGGAUAACGCCUCCAAAGAAUCGCCACAUAGACAAUAACAUGAACAAGUCUCUUUCCAAACUUCUUUAAACCGUGAUCCAAACCCACUAGAUCGCCACGUUGGGCUGAAGACGUCAAAUUGCACAACGUGGAUAUAUGCACAGCUCCAACUCACCCGCAGGCACUUAUCUCCCGGCCGAUUUGAUUGGACAGCCGCCCUGCUAAUCAACCACAUUCGCCAAGGAACGGUGCUCGUCUCGUCUCGUCCCGCCCCUUUCUCGCUCCGACUGACUUUGUUGUUCUCAUUUGACGCCAUUCUGACCCCAGCGGAAGCCUCAUUGGACCAACGGGACUUCCUGACUUUUUCUUAUUGGUGGAUAGGGAGGUCAAUCUUGCCGAUGACCGUCUCCGGGGUUUUCGAUCCCGGAAUAUGGGGGCGUUGUGGGUGAAACACAUCCGUACUUUUUGAUCUUGACAGUUGUACCAAUUCUUAUUCAGACUAAUUUCCUCCCCGUUUUGUUUUCACUUCAACGAAUCCGCGCAGGAUCGGGGUCAGCGUCACCCGUGCGUUACCGUGGUAACGACCCCUCCCCACCCGAGUGGAGGUUGUCGCUCGCGAACACCGUUUCGAUCCCGGCUGCCGUUCUGGUUGCCGUGGUGACCCACCGGCAGCCCUCGCCAUGGGCCACGGACUCAAGUGUGGGGUGGUCGUCUCCGUCUGCGCCGUCUUCAUGGCUUAUUGGUACCGGCGUCAGGUGGACCAUGAGCUGGACCUGCGGCUGGAGACGGUGCUCUCGUCGCUGCUGAAAGCCGAAAGGAAGGUGGACCUGCACCAGCGGCCCCGAGUGGCAGUAGGUUUUGGAGGUUGUCUUGACAUUGUUGCAGAUGGAAUUGCUCUCUUAAAAAAAGCUGGCAUCAAACCAAGCAAGAAUCCAGUGCACCAUAAUUACAUCAUAUCAGAAGAACAGUUGGCAGAAAGCUUUGCAUACUUCUUUCCUGCUGGAGCCGCAUCUGAGCGCUUUAUUUCCAAUGUUACACUGUUUCGUAAACUGGUAAAAGCCACCCAGGGACUCCCUCGAGUACGAUGGUCGUUAGGUGGAAAUGCACCAGUCAUGGCAAAUCGUCUUGCAAAGGAAGGCUGUGAAGUGCUUAUGGGGAGUCGUCUAACACCUGACCUUAUUGCAGUUCUUCAAGAGCACAUAACUGUUACAAGCAAACCAGUAGAUGAAACUGACAUUCAUCUCAUCCUGGAAUAUUCAACUGGUUCCAAAUGGGGACAGUUAGUGUCAAGAAGAGCAAACAGGUUCAUAAUCCACAGCGACACAUCCAAUCCCAUUUUGGAAUCACUGGAGGACUUUCAGGUUGAACUUAAACAGUUCAAUCCAUCUCUUCUAAUAGUUAGUGGACUUCAAAUGAUGGAUAACUUUCCAUUUAAACCAGGUCAACUUGAAGAACGGCUGAAAUUGCUCAAGGAUCUCAUGUUAUCAGUUGACAGCACCACUAGAAUCCAUUUUGAAAUGGCUUCCUUUGUGGAUGUCACUUUUAUGGACCAUCUUUUUACAAGCAUCAUUACUCAUGUAGACUCCCUAGGAAUGAAUGAACAGGAGUUACCCAACCUGCUGAGUAUGUUAAAGGGGGCCAACAUCACUCUCAUAUCUGAUCCAUAUCCAAGAGUGGCAAGUAUACUUGAUCAAAUGCGUGAAGUUUAUCGCAUCUUAAAUUCUCAGGAGGUAACAAGUACACAACGCAAGCUCACGCGGCUGCAUGUUCAUACUCUUGCUUUCCAAGCAAUCAUUAUUGCCAAAGGGUCCUUUUGGAGAAACACCAUGUCAGCAACUGCCAAAGCUUCAUUAACUGCAAAUCGGCACGUUUGUGGCUCACCAGAUAUUGAUCCCAACAAAGCCAAGUUGAUCAUGGAUGAUUCCUUUUCUGUGAGCCGUGUGCAAGGGAGUAAGAAAAUUCCACUCAAAGAAAAUCGACCUGUUUCUUGCUGGGAAGAGUAUGAUUAUGAGAUCUGUGUUGCUCCAGUGCUGGUAUGUACUGAGGUGUAUCAGACUGUAGGUGGUGGUGACAAUAUUUCUGCAGCCAGCUUGGUUCUUCAGAUAUAGUAAUCUCUCUGGUUUUAAGAGAACUUGCAUGCUUUUUAAUUGUUGCAGUCUACUUUGAUGAACAUGGUUUAUGAAGAUAUUAGCUGCUUGUUUCUUUCAAUCAACAUCCUCUCGCCAUCUUUGAAAAAACUCAGUAGAUCUGCCUGUUGUUUACAUUAUUCUCAUGUAAUCAACAAUCAGGGUUCUAAGAGUUGUUUAAUACACAAGUAAUGAAAUAUAAAUUUUAGAUGAUUUUGUAUAUAUCAUUCACUCUCUGGUCCCGAAUAGUUUGGAGAAAAAUCUUGAGAUUUUUUCUCACCUUUUUUGAAUAGUCGUAGCUGAGUAAUAAGUCAUGACACAUUCCUUGUGGAUCUCAGCAAUUUUUUUUUCAGGGGAAGUGGUGGAAGAAAUAUUCCUAUCUCUAACCAGCACAUCAUUGUGGUCUUCAGUUCAUAUUUAAGUCCUCCAUUGCUCUCAAAAAUUCAUCUGAGAAGUUUGUGAAUUUUCUUGGUGCAAAAUGGUGGUUUUUACCUUCUAAACAGUUUAAGAUGUAUAUCUUGCACUUUUUCAGAUCCCCAGUGGUGCAUCUGUCAAAUGCUUUUACUGUAGUUUACAAAAUGUGAAGAGUACACAAGGUUUCACCAUUCUUUCUAGAUGGUUUAGUAUUUUGGCCCAGAUAAUCUAAACAACCCCGUACAGUUUAAUUUCAGUGGCAACUUAUGCUAGCUGUAGCUUUCAUGAAAAAAUGUCAACUGUUUGCAACCUCAGUAAAAUGAUGUCAUUGGUCUCCCUAACUCCAUUCUGUCAAGUUGUGCCUGAAGCUACCGUAACUGAAGCAUCAUCUCUAUUAUUAAUAACUAAAUUUCUCUGGGAACACUAAAUAUUGCCUUUCAUAGCAACUGGAGAUCAGCUAAUUCUCACAACAACUUAAACACAACCUGUAAUCAUUAAGCAUCUUCCCGUUUGUUCAAUCGAACCACUUAUCUGAGCCUUUCAGAUUUCCAUUUAAAUGGCAUAACUUAAAACAGAUUUGAAUUAAAAGCCUUGUAAGAGAGAGUCUAUCAUUCAACUCUUCCAAUUCAGAUCUGUGAAUUUCCUUGCUUGCUGAUUAUUUUCAACAACCAAAAGAUGCAUUACAGGAAUUACAGGAAAAAGAACAUUCUAAGUCUCUAAAAUUAACAAAAGAAAAUGUACAAAGUUACCAUAGUUAAGUGAAUUUACGUGUAAGUAAAAAGCUUGAAUUGUGCUUGACAUGUUAUUAAAUUGGAAACAAAAAGAACUAUAUUAAUCUAAGAAAAUAACAUCUUGUAAUAUUUGUAUAGUAAAGGAUCAUGCAAGGAAUUGUCUUUUUUUUAAAAAAAAUUUGUUGGUGAGGGACACUUUUUGGGUUAAGUAGUGAUGGAGGAGGAUUUAUUAAUCCAAACUAAAAUGAAGGAAAUAGACAGACUAUAAAGUGGCUAUUUCAUCAUAUGAAGCAACAGAUGAAAGUUGUAAAAAUAAAUCUCUUUAGGUCUACAAUGGCUAAAAAGUUCAGUCCUACAGAGAAUUGAAGAGUUUGGGUGGAAAAUUAGGAAAAGCUUGCUUUGACAAGACUGUGAUGCAGCAUUUUCAAUCAGCUCUGCAGGAACAUCCCAAUCAAGCUAUAUUAUUCUAUUUUUAAAAUUAUCACUGAAUAUUUUUGCAUCUUAAAUUAAAUCACUAACUCUCCUUGAUAAGUUAUUGAAAUGAGCAUUAAGUAUUAAAUAUCAAAAACCUUAAUAUUUUUUGAAAUUGAUACAAGUUCCUUUUCCAAAAACGGCCAGUAAAGUCCUCAUUGUUUGACAUUUGCUGAUACACAUGAUGAAACUGAUGGCUGCUUCAAUUUCCUUUUAAGCAUGCAAACAAAGCAAAACUACAGAGUUGUUGUCAAUGAUUUAUUCUUUCUGUCAAGGGCUGUGCUGUUUUACAGUCUUUUUGUAUUGGAAUGGAAGGAAAUCAAUUGAAUUCUUCAAAAUUUAAAAGUUUGUGACAAAUCCAUAAUGUUAAGUGCCUUGAUGUAGUUCUUUGUUGCAGGAGGUUAAACAAAUUUAAAAUUAUGUUCUCUGGUUGUUAAGAUUCCCAAGUUAUAUUUAUAAAUUUGUUUUGUCACACAAAUAUUUCAAGAUUUCAUGGAAUGUAAAAUUUUAUAUAAUUGCAACUUUGAUCUUACAUAUGUAUUUUCUGGACUUUAUUUGUACUUUCUCCUGGUUCGUGGUCUGAAAAUUCAAUAAUGCAAUUACCUGCUUGUCCAGCUUCAGUAACAUCCACUGCCGUUAGGUUUGGGAUUCCUAUUACAGGACACCAUAGUGCGACCCUUAUUAGAUCAGCAGUAAAUAGACAUACUCAGGAUGACUGCAGAAUCUGAGCCGAUAUUUAAAAAUUGUAUGGAGGAAGUGGGUAAAUGGUGUUAAGGCUAAGACUAGAGCAACAAUAAUUUUGUUGAAAUGCAGAACCUAAAUGGCUUAUUCUUUUGUUUCCCAAGUUCUAAUGUACCGAUUUCUCCUUAUUCAGGAAAACUUUUUUAGUGUGAUCAGUGAUGUUUUUAUUGACAGUGAUUGUAUUUGGAGUUUUGAGGACAUGAAACCAGGAAAAAUCUUUUUUCUUAAUUUGUUUUAGACAAACUGCAAUGCAAUUUGAAGUUCAAAUCCAUUUCUUAGUCGAUGUGAAAUUUUCUUUGCUGAUCCAGAUCAAUUCAAACUUGAGAUUAUACUGAUUUGGAGCAAAUUUAUUAUUAAAUAUUAUUUUCCACCCCACCACCACAAGGUAACUAUUAAAUAAAAUUUCAGACAGGAGUUGAUUUAGAGUUGGAGCAAGCUAUAAAUGGUACAGAGGUAUAGAUAAUGAUAUAGUGAGAUAGUGUAAUAUUACACUGUAUUAGUGUAUUAAGCUUGUUAGGAUAGAGUAAUGGGUAAAGAAAACUAAAGAUUAACCUAAGUGAGCACAAUCUGAAUCAUUUUAUGACAAAUCAUUGUGCAUCUUUGGAACUUGGACUGUGAGGUCACAUUGAUACAGCACCGGAAAAUUCACUGUAUUCUGGUAAGUGGACUUACUAGAUUCAGUAACUGUUGAGCACCAUGUGGUCUUUCACUAUAGUUAAAGAGAGAACCAAAUGAAAUUUGUGUACAUCAUUCACUGUUACUCGUGAGGUUUUCGUUGUGCAGUGAAAUAAGAAUAUAAAAUCAUUAGCUGUGGCUUCCACACUCCCACUGACUCCCAUGCAAAUAUAUGCAAAUCUUUGUUUCGUAAUAAUGAACUCAGGACUUUAGUUUCAAAGAAACCAAAAGGCAAUGAAGGAGUUUUUGGCUUGUGUUAUCACAAAAGACUUGCUUGAUUAUAAACAGGUGCAAGAGCAGAUUGCGAUAAACAAUUUUGAAAUGCUCAGGUUUCUCAUGCAGUAAAAGUAACAGAUGCAAGGUCAGUUUAUUUGUACAUUUUCCAGUGUUUCUUUUUUCCACUAAAUGCUGUGAAUAUGCAAAAGACCUUCUCCAUCUAGUAUACACAGUACCAAGAAUGAAAAUGUGUAUUUUGUUUUCAGUGAAAAGUGAGCCUUGUGGAUGUGAAGUUUAGAAGCAACCUUCUUUUAAAGCUUUGUUUUUUUUCCUGAUUCGUUUAAGUGUAAAUUAUUCUGAACUGUCUAUUGCUAGUUAGCUUAUCAUUGAAUUCUUUCCUACUUUCUGUAGUAACUGAUUUCCAAUGAUCCAUUCUACUGCCUCUGGAUUGAACUAUUUUUUUACUGAAAACAGCCCAAUACCGUCCAUACAAAAAGAAUGUAUUCAAAAUACAAAUAGCUCAAGGAACAUAAUCUCAUCUUUCAUUAAUGAUUCAACAUUGACAUUAAUAAUGUUCAGAUGACUAAGCCUUUCUGAAUGGUAGCGGAAGUGGCUCAUAAACCUAACUCUAUUCCUCUCUGUGCAGAUGCUGCCAGACCUGCUAAUUUUUUUUUUCCCAUUUCAGAUUUUGCUUUUCCUUUAUCUCAUGAUUACUAAUCAGAUCUUCAGAUUUACUUUGCUGUGGGGAGGAGAAAUUAUUCUAGUAGUUCCUUUAAUUCUAUAAAACAUUCCAGCUUAUCAACAGCAGGCAAUGAAUCUUCUAAAAUUAGCAAGCUUGCUCUAGCUCAAUGGUUGCUUAUUCUUCAGUCAGGUACUGAAUUAUUGCCCAGUGACCAAGGACCUGAGAACGUUGCACUGAUUCUCUUUUGAGGUACCCUAUUACUCUUUUUGAAUAAAGGACAUUUGAGAUCAGAAUUCAGUUGAAACCACUAAAUAAGCUCAAAUUUCCUUCUCUAAAAUAGGAUAGCCAGAAGACAGUAAGGCAGAGAGUUUUUAUGAUUGAUAAAGGCUGAAUGUUCUUUGGAAGAAUUACAACUUUAAAAAAAAAUGUGAAUUUGUUUCUUGCCAUGAUAAAAAUUGUGAAUUAAUUACACUGUCAGCCAUCAUUAAAUGUUCUUGUUUUGAUUCUUCUCAUUUCAGAUAUUGUACUUUUUAUUGUACAAGAAUUUCUUUUCAAUAAAAUAAUAUUGAAUUUUU